UUUCCCACACUUGUAUUUACUUCUCUGCAACAAAACAUCACCAUUUUUGUCACUAUCUUCACCUUUAUUUCUCUCAAAGAUACAAUCUUUUUCAUCCAUUUUCUCUCUUAAAGCUCUUUGCUUUGCUUCUGCUUUGCUAGAGCUAUUAUUUUUUAUUUGCAGUGCAAAAAUCACUAAGAAUGUUAGAGGGAAACUCUGAUUCUGAUAUAAAACCUGGGUUUACAAUACCUUUGGCUAAGAUUGUACCUACAAGGUGCAGUUCAAGAAAAAGGGCUCCCCCAAAUAUCUAUGUUCCUACCCAUUUUCGCCCUUCUCCACGACGACACAACCAAGGUUUACGACGGGGUCGAGGUCGCCCUCCGAAACAGAGGGCAGAUGCCUCCCAACCUUUGCGACGUCGACCAGGUCUCCCCAGAAAACAGCGAUCAGAAGCUCCAGCAGUUUCACCACCUCCAGCAUCACUAUCGGGGUCGACCAGAGAUAGUCCAUUGCAAAUUUCAGUUACAACAAGUACUCCAGAGGCAGUUGCCCCAAUUCCAUUGGGGUCAACCAGUGAUUGGUGUACUCCAGAGGCAGUUGCCCCAUCUCUAUUGGAGUCAACCAGAUAUAGGCCUUUGGAAGUUCCCUCUGGUGAAGAGGGGACAAAGUCAAAUGUAAAUCCGUCAAGAAUACUGAAGCAUCCUCCAAAGACAAAUUAUACACUCCAGCACAUUCUUGAUGAAAACUCGAAGAAAGUAAUUGUUAAAGUCGAGUCUUUAUUGGUGCAGAAUCUGCUUACUUCUGGGAAUGACGUUGACUACAUGGUCCAUCAGGCCAAUUCUACCUUUAAAUAUUUGAAAGGGCUUGGUGCAGAUUAUGGCUCUUCUUAUAGAGAUGUCGCAGAACACAUUAAAUAUUGCUGUGAUUUGCAAGACAUGGAGAAAGAAGAAACUAUGUUGUCUUUGUCAGCAUUGCAGAAAAAAUAUGAAAAUGAUGUACUUAGUGUAAAUGAUGUUGAGGAAGAUUUGGGGCGUACUCGAGGAGAACUGGAGAUGGCCAAGAAUAAAAAGAAAACUUUGAAGAGGCAAAUCAAGGAUCUGAAGACAGAGGUAGCACGUAUCGAACAUGAAGAAGAGUGUCUGAAACAUAACGAAAUAAAAUACAAAGAAGCCCAUGAAGUUGCAAAAGCCAAGAUGGAAGAACUUGGCACCCAGUUGGAGGCAGCUCAAGCAAAGCAAAGGGAAAUUGAGCAGCGCAAGAAUGCAGCUCUCCAGGGAAUUGAAUCCACCACUCGACACCUACGAUCCACAUUUCUUGAUAAUCUCGAUAAGUUGGAUUUUUGAUACUCAUUGAACAAGCUCCCUACUAAAUGAACUGGAAGUCCUCUUGACCAUCUUGAACUGUUUUGGGAGUUCAUAUUUGCAGCAGCAGACAAGAAUUAUUUCUUCAUUUGGUUAUCGUCAUGUAGUAGAUUCUCCUUAAAUUUUCUUGUCAUGCUUUCUGUCUUUUAGCAUGUACAAUCUUGCAGCAUUAGACUGCUUUUUUACUUCUGUUUUAUGUCAACUUCCUAUGUUCUAGUACGAGAAUGACUUAACUACUGUCUUUUGCUUCAAGGAAAUCCUCAAAACUACUGUGUUCUUCUGAUCCUGUAAUUUGACUAUAUAUGCACAUUUGCAUUUGAUUA